GGGUUAACGUUAGCAGGCAGUGAAAUAACGCUAGUUUCAAAGUAUAAACUAAUUUUAAAAAGCUACAGUCUCAAAACAAAGAAAGUGCUCUGUUCCUUGCUCUUUAGACGGGGGGAAUCUGUUCCCUUAACCUUCGCAGAUUUUGGUUGGCCAGGACUAUCCGUGUACAAGAUGAGUGGUGACUCAAAAGCCAACAAGGAGUUUAUGGAGCAGUUGCGGAUGCAGGAGCUCUACGGUCAGAGAAAUGAGGAUGGCUCUGACCCCUACACCUACACCGAUCCAGAGGACGGGACUGUUUAUGACUGGGACCAUGAAAAGAAAGCCUGGUUCCCUAAAAUAACAGAGGACUUCAUCGCAGCCUACCAGGCCAACUAUGGCUUCACUCAGGAGGGAGAUCCAGAUGCCAACAAUGCAGCAGUGAGCACCACCGACCCAGCAGCCCCCAAACCAGACAGCAAGCCUUCAGAAAAGCAGAAACCAGCAGAUGCCAUCCAGAAGCCGAACAAAGACCAGCAGGAGACCCUAGUUAAAGAAGCCAAGCAGAAAGGGGAGAAGAGGAAAGCAGAGCAAGGAUGGUUUGAUAUUGAUGACACCAAAAACACAAACGUCUAUGUGUCAGGUCUGCCCCUUGAUAUCAGCACUGAAGAGUUUGUUGAAUUGAUGUCCAAGUGUGGCAUCGUGAUGCGGGACCCCAUCACCGAGGAGUACAAGGUUAAACUCUACAAGGACAAAUACGGAAAUCUGAAGGGAGAUGGCCUCUGCUGCUAUCUCAAGAAGGAGUCUGUGGCACUGGCUAUGCGCCUGAUUGACGAGUCAGAAGUCAGAGGUUACAGACUCCAUGUGGAAGCAGCACGGUUUGAGCUAAAGGGCCAGUAUGACGCGAGUAAGAAGAAGAAGAAGAGCAAAGAUUAUAAGAAGAAGAUGCAGCAGCAACAGAAACAGUUGGACUGGAGGCCAGAGAAGCAAGGAGACGUGAGGAAGAGGCAUGAAAAAGUAGUCAUCAUCAGAAACAUGUUUCAUCCCAGUGACUUUGAGGAAGACCCACUGGUGUUGAAUGAGUAUCGUGAAGAUCUGCGGACAGAGUGUGAGAAGUUCGGUGAGGUUAAGAAGGUCAUCCUCUUUGAUAGACACCCAGACGGCGUGGCAUCAGUCGCAUUCAAGGAGCCCGAGCAAGCUGAUGCAUGCAUCUCGUCAUUCAAUGGUCGCUGGUUUGGAGGAAGGCAGCUGUCUGCUCUGCUUUGGGAUGGAACGACAGACUAUCAGGUGGAAGAGACGGCACGGGAGCGAGAGGAGCGACUGAAGGGUUGGUCUACUUUCCUGGAGGCAGGCGAGCAAGGCCAGAAGAGCAACACUGCCACCAAACCGGCAGAGAUGGGCGCCGCUGCAGAACCGGCAGAGGCCUCCAACACCACGGAGCCAGAACAGCACCCUGAAACAGAACCACAAUCUUCACAGCAACAGGAGCAGGAUUUGGACUCUACAGACAGCAGCCUGGCAGGAAGUGAUGAGGAGGAGGCCUAGACACUUACAUGCACAUCUUUGGUCCCCAUGGCAACCAAUUAGGACAAUCGUGCUUGAAGGUGAACUGCUGCAAGGCUCUGUGUUGAUCGGUGGAGGAGGAAUUUGAGCUGUUUUGUUAUGUAGAAAAAUAAAAUCCUGAUUUUGUCU